GUAGGGUCGCUGGCCCCGCGCUGCGUCUUCUGGACUUAAAUUACAUAAUGUAUGGGUCUCGUUUGGAGCAUGCAACAAGUAGAUAUGUGUCGGCGGCUAACUGUCAAUGUGGAGUACAGUAAGCUCGCUGCCCGCGGCCGCGGCCCCCAUUAAUUCGAGCCGCUGAUGUCACUUAUCUCUCUCCUAUCUAGGCCCUAUGGCCGCCAAUUUUUUGCACAUAGUAGCACGGUCACUGACACUAGCACCCAUAAUGGACCAGCAGUUCUGCUUGCGCUGGAACAACCACCCCACCAACCUAACAGAUGUGCUGGCCAGCCUGUUGCAGCGGGAAGCCCUCUGCGAUGUCACACUGGCCUGUGACGGGGAGACAGUCAAGGCACAUCAGACGAUACUAUCGGCGUGUUCCCCAUACUUUGAAAGUAUUUUCCUGCAAAAUUCUCAUCCACACCCAAUAAUAUUCCUCAAAGAUGUAAGAUUCUCAGAGAUGAAGUCGCUACUGGACUUUAUGUAUAAGGGUGAGGUGAAUGUUGGCCAAAAUAUGCUACCGAUGUUCCUAAAAACUGCUGAAAGCUUACAAGUUAGAGGUUUGACAGAAAACAAUACAUUGAAUCCUAAGACGGAGGAUCGGUCGACACCGUCGGUGAGCGCGGAGAACCUGUCGUCCCGCGCGGAGUCGUUCGCGACGCCCCCGGCGGCCCACGGCGCCGCCGCGCCCGCGCCGCCCCCCGCGCACCCCGCGCACCCGCCGCACCCCGCGCUCCCCGCACACCCCGCGCCGCACCCGCUCGCCGUGCCGCCCGAGAAGCGCCGCAGGAAGAACUCCAGCCUGCCGCGCGACGACGACCUCUCUUACAGACACUACGAGGGCCACCUGAAGUCCGUGAAGGGCGGGUCGACGGGGUCGGGGUCGGAGCCGUCCACGCCGCCGCCGGCGCACACGCCGCAGCGCCUGACGCCGCGCUCGCCGGCGCACACGCCGCAACACACGCCGCAGCACACGCCGCUCGUGAAGCAGGAGCCUGACCUCUCGUACGCGCCGCCGCAGCCGCCGCAGCACCACCAGCCCUACGACCAGACGCACCUGCCGCCGAUGGGAGUGACGGAGAUGGCGACAAUGCUGACGCAGCACUCGAUGGGCAACGACUGCAACGAUAGCGACCCCAUCCUGCCGCCGCACCCCGACCAGACAGACACCAUCGACGGUGAUAAUGGCGUUGACGAGAAUAAUAAACCGCAGGAGCCUUUUAGUAGUAAAGUAGCGAAUAUUGAGAAUUUAGUUAGGUCGUAUAAGUUAGCGUUGAACCAAAGGGCGGGCGCGCCGGUGUCGUGCAGCGUGUGCGGCAAGCUGGUGAGCAAUGUCAAGAAGCACAUGAAGUCGCACUACCCCGAGCACCACAAGUGCCCGCUCUGCCCCAUCGUGCUCACGCGCGCCGACAACCUCAAGCGCCAUCUGCGCAUGAAGCACUGCUCCGUACUAGGCUCGAAGGGCUGGCACAUGCGGCUGACGUUCGAGCGCGUGGCGGGCGCGCUCAACCUGCACCGCUGCAAGCUGUGCGGCAAGGUGGUGACGCACAUCCGCAACCACUACCACGUGCACUUCCCGGGCCGCUUCGAGUGCCCGCUGUGCCGCGCCACGUACACGCGCUCCGACAACCUGCGUACACACUGCAAGUUCAAGCACCCGGCCUACAACCCCGACACGCGCAAGUUCGAGCCGCCCCCCGCGCCGCAGCCCUCGCAGCCGCAUGCGCCGCUGUUCGCCAACCACCUGGACGCGGGCUUCGACUGAUUGUCCAUGUACUGGCUCGGCCUGGACGCUCUGUGAGCACGCGCCGAUGUCACCGGACUCUCUUGUUGAUGUGUCAAAAAUUUUAACGGACCGUCUCGCGUCGAAACACUUCCUAUUUAGAUUUAAGCUGAAGUGCUAUUACUUAAGCGGGCCUUAGAGUUGAGUUCUUAUCGCCCGUGAUGGGUGACUCGUUAGUAUUGUCUCGGUUGUGCAUUUGACUUGCCCCAGUGUGACCUUGUAUAAGAUUCCGCGUAAGGAAUGUACCUAUAUAAUAUCGAUGUUACUAAAAUAAUGACUCGAAGCGUAUAUAAGUAGGUAAGCAAAUUUUUUUCUAUACCAAUCGCUAUACGGGAACGGGCAAAAGCAAUAAUAUGAUGUUAAUUUUAUUACCAUAUUAUUUUUUAUAUUAUAUCGAUAGGAAUCUUAAGCUAUUAAGAGUAUAUACUUAUAUUGAGUAGCGGUGCGACCGCGAAGUGAUGCUGGCUAUUAAGGUGGUCCGUGCGUCCACAACUCUUGUUAUAUUUAUUCUCUAGAUAGGAAAUUAUGAGUUUCCUGUAGCUAAUUGUAUUUAUGUUAUUACAUCCUAUGGGUGGGGCGGAACUACAUCAGAAUGGAAUUUAGAGGACUGGAAAGAGAUUGUGAUCUGUCGUUGGUCAACGACAUAUAAACAUUGACUGAAUCUCAGUGUAGAUGCAUUUGUAACUCCAUGAGGCCUUUGCAAGAUGGAUAAUUUAUUAAGGAUUUGUGAUGUAUUAACGGAUAGCGCCUAAGGAAACAUACGAAAAGAUUUUUAUACUAGAAUAGUUGACCUAUUUACGGAGAUUGUUUUUUUAUACUUAGAUAUAUUCUAUUGUCUGAUUUCAUAUACUUUUAUUAUUAUUAUAUUUAUACAACUAUACAAUAUGGAGAUUUGGAGUGGGGACAAUACUAGUGCUACAGUUGUAAGAAAUGGUAUUUUUAAUUACUUUUAAUGUGUAUAUUCUCUUAGAUAUCAAGUACUUGUUGUUAUUUCUGCUACAGUUCCUAAUACUGGAUUCCGAUGGUUAGCCAGCAGCCAACAACCAAUUGGAACUAGAUUGUCUCCGCUUGCAAUGUCUACAGAGUAUAAUAUGAUUUAUUAGUGUUGUUUGUUUUUAUUGAUUGAUCAAGUAGUAACAUUGAUUUGAUUUAUAUUGAGUUGUCGGUUAGAUUGCUAUGUGUUGAGCUGUUAACACGUUUUAUAAUUUUAUCGUUGGUAGGUGUUUAGUUGUCAUAUAACGGUCGAGGCCGCGGGGCGCUUGCGUGCUGCGGCCGGCCAGCGUGUUGGUGCUUGGGGUCAAAGACCUCCUUCAUUACUUUAAGAUAGGAAGGAUCGUUUCGAGGUUGCGCAUUUAGUAACUAAUAUUGGCAUUCUACGAUUGGGACUAACCUAGCGUUUAUGUAUGUAUUUUUCAAUUAAGAAUUAAGAUUGUUACAAUUUUAGCUAAAUAGCGUGGUAUGGAAAACUGAAAUGUGAUAAAAAGGUAAUGGUGCUAGAACCAAGAGUGUUAACACGCUACGAUUCGACUCCUAUUGUAUUAUUAUUAACGUUUUUAUGAUUAGUUGUUCGCAUUAACAUAAGGCAUCUAGCAUCCGGCUGAGGUCGCAUCUGAAUGGUCAACGGAUAUCACGCAUUGAUCGUACACUCUUAGAGAUUACAGUAUCACACGCGAGAUUUGCAUUACAUGUUUCAAAGAUCUUCAAAUUUACUAAUGUACGUAGAAUGAUAAGACACCAUUGUAUAAAUCUGAUCCUUGUCUACCAAAUAUAUUAAACCGUUUAAAGGUGUUAGAAAUUACCGCAUCCAAAUAGAGAUCCGUGAUCAUUUCCAUAAAUAAGUUGUGGCGUUAGUGCUGUUUAGUAGCUGUGAACAUACAUUUCACUUGUGCAAUUUUUUGAAAUAGUCAUAACUCAUAGCUAGUUUAUACAAUUGUCUAUUGAAUGUAGGGGCCCACUUUAAACUUAGGCACUAAGCAUCGGCGUGCCCGUAUAGUGCUAUAUUGUAAUAAAGUCACCAAACAUAUUUCUUCCACAAAGAUUUAUAUUUACUUUAAGAAUACGAAGUUUUUAUACCUACCGUUUAUUAUGAUGUGGGCGCUUAUUAUUUGAUAGCAUUUCAUACUCAGUGCAAUAUUACUAGUUAUUUAAUUACGUAACCAAACUAAAGGAUAUUUUAAAAGUAUAAUUAAUGUCUUGAAGAGAGUAACUACCUAUUUGUAUUUACAUAAGUGAGCUCCUAAUUUCUAUUUCUACCUAGUGAACGCCAGUUUGGGUUACGGUGAUGUACAGGUUUUAUAGCUGGUAAUAUUAAGAUAGCUUGUUUACCUCUGCCAAUCGUAAUAGUUGUGUACUGUUUAUUAAUUUAUUGUCGCGCAAGUUAGUCUAUUGUUGACAUAGUAGAUCAUAGCUAUCCAGUGCGGGCCGGCGCGCCCAGGUGACGCAUGCGCUGAUCUCCAGCCGACGGCUGAUUCGCUCUGUGGGGCCGUCUGACUGACUGCUUCGUACGAGCCCAGCCUCGUCCCAUUCGAACGCUUCAUCUAAUCGUGAAUGCAUAUUUGUAUAUCACUUGAGACCAAUUUUUAAAUAUUGAAUUUGCUGUAGACUCGGCGAAUUAAUCGAUUAGUAAACAUAGAAUAUUAUUUUAGAUAUUUUAGGUUAGGAUACUAUGAUAGUGUCUGGCCAGAAAAUUUUGGAGUAUCACAUCGUUUGGCUCAGAAAAUAUCUCCUUUGAUCUCUUCACAGCUUUCAGAAAGUGAGCAACUUAAUAAAUUAUAUAUUGGUGACCACUAAUUGGACUUAAUGAAAGCUAACUUUAUGCCAUAUGGAAUUUAUACAUAAGGUUAACGAAUUACUAAAUUUAGUGUUAUGAAAUGGAGGUCUUGUGGACCUAGUCACUUAUUUGGCCAAUCUAAUUGAGUAUUCCAAUUAUUGUAUAAUUAAAAUUUACACUUGUAUCACAAGGAUGUGAUCUUAUCAUUUUAAAUCAAUGGAGUGCAGGACGAGCUCUGGUUAUUUUCAGGAUAGCAAUGGUCUAAUAGUUAUUUUAUUUUGUUUCUACUUAUAACAUUAGCAAAUUUGUUAUAGUGACGUAUAUCACAAUAGUGUAAUACUAAUAGGGAGGGGGUGUCAAAUCGUGUAGCUAACAGCAGACCGUUAGCCUUGUUAUAUUUUUACAUGAAAUUUUAUGAACGAUUUGUUGUUUAUGAAUAUUUUUGUUUAAUGUCUUGGUUUGAUGCCUCCGUUAAACGUUUAAUUUAAAUAAUUUUGUUUUAUGCAAGCAGUUAAUGCAAAUUAUUUUUUUCACAUUGUUUGAUGUUAUGUAAUGCAAUUUUAACAUGUUGCAAACUCCUGCAUUUAUCUGUUGUAUUUAUUACUAAUUUUUACAUUAAAUUGUGGUAUGUUACAA